GUAUUGUAUUGUAAUUUGUACCUGCAAUGGUGGCUGCUAGGGUUUAAGGCUCCUCGUCGCUUUACCAUUCUCUUGAAUCUCGUUCCACGAAGGACAAUGGGUGCUGCAAAGGCUAAGAACGAAGAAGAAGAAGAACUAAACGGUUCGAGGAUGGUUGCCGUCCAAUCUGCCGCAUCCAAGGACGCGAACCCUGAUUCGUUGGGUGUUUCUGAAGAGGACGAGAUGCAAGUUAAAAAAUACCUCAGAGGUGAAGCUGCGAAUAUAGGGGUUUUAAAAGAUAAGAAAUUGAAAGGUCAGCUGGUUGUGAGGGAAGAAUUGUAUGGAAAGUCCGCCCAAGCCGCUGCCAAGGCUGAGAAGUGGCUUAUGCCAAGUGAAGGAGGCUAUCUGGAAGCCGAGGGUAUUGAGAAAACAUGGAGGAUUAAGCAGGAGGCAAUUGCUGCUGAAGUAGACAUCCUGAGUUCCAGAAAACAGUAUGAUAUUGUUUUACCAGAUUUUGGUCCUUACACUCUCAACUUUGAUACGAGUGGCCGAUAUAUGGUAGCCGGUGCAAGAAAAGGUCAUCUAGCCCUUAUGGACAUGAAAAAUAUGGACCUUGUUAAAGAAUUUCAGGUUAGAGAAACUGUUCGUGAUGUAGUAUUUUUGCACAAUCAGAAGUUUUUUGCUGCUGCUCAAAAGAAGUAUGUGUAUAUGUAUAAUGAUAGGGGAACCGAACUGCACUGCUUGAAGGAACACGGUGCUGUAAGGAAGCUUCAGUUUCUGAACAAGCAUUUCCUCUUAACCUCUAUUAACAAACAAAGUCAGCUUCAUUACCAAGACAUUACAACAGGAGUGAUGGUGGGCAAUUAUCGAACUGGUCUUGGCCGAUCCGAAGCCAUGGAGGUCAAUCCCUACAACAGCGUUGUGGCUGUCGGCCAUUCUGGCGGUACAGUCAGCAUGUGGAAGCCGACCAGUGCAGCUCCACUCGUCAAGAUGCUGUGUCAUCAGGGGCCUAUCACAGCUAUGGCAUUUCACUCGAACGGCCAUCUCAUGGCAACGGCCGGAAUGGAAAGAAAAAUAAAAAUCUGGGAUUUGAGGAAAUUCGAGGCUCUCCAAACACUUCCCGGGCAUGCCAAAGCACUCGACUUCAGCCAGAAAGGUAUGCUCGCUACUGCCACCGGCUCUUUUGUGCAGAUAUUAGCAGAUUUGUCGGGAUCACAAGAAUACAGCCGAUACAUGGCCCAUUCUAUGGUUAAGGGUUACCAAAUAAACCGAGCGUCGUUUAGACCUUACGAAGAUGUUUUGGCCAUCGGGCACUCAAUGGGCUGGUCUUCUAUCCUCAUUCCCGGAUCUGGAGAACCCAAUUUCGACACUUGGGUGGCGAACCCAUUCGAGACACGCAAGCAGAGAAAUGAGAAGGAAGUUCGACUUCUUCUCGACAAACUUCCCCCGGAGACAAUCAUGUUGAACCCAUCUGAGAUUGGCUCGGUGCGACCCAACCGGAGGAAAGAAAAGCUCAGUAAGGAGCAGAAAGAAGCAGAAGUUGAAGCUGCCAUGGUAGCUGCCAAGGAUGUUUCUUUCAAGAAGAAGACAAAAGGUCGGAGCAAGCCGAGCAAACUGGCGAAAAAGAAGCAAGAAGCUAUGGUGAAAGCGAAGAAACCGUUCUUGGAGCAAGAAGCUCGAGACGAAGAUAAGUUGAAGAAGAAGAAGAGGAGGAGAAGCGAGGAGACUCAACUGCCGAAGUCGCUGCAGCGGUUUGCUAAGAAGACGGCUGCUUCGUGAUUACUUACGCGGCGCGGAUCGAGCUUUAUUUACGACGAACUGCGGAUUCAGGUAGAAGAAUGUCGUGUGAAAGGAUGGAGAUUUUGUAACAGUAGGAAUGGUAUACAAGUGAUGAUGAUUGGGGUAGUUUGAAGGUAAAUUAAACAAUGUUGUGUUCACUGAAAUUUAAUUUCAUUUUUUGAAUAUGAGAAAGGACAACUUAUUUGAUCUAUUUAUUUAUUUAUUUUG